CGUACACUCACCGUGGUUGUUGUUGUUGAUACUCCUUGGCCGACAUUUCGUUCGUGUCGCUUCUGCGGCUCAGGCGCCUAGAAACAUUUGGUCGAAUCGCUGUCCGCACUUUUUACUCUCUCCAGAUUUCAAUCCUAGAGCCGUAGUGAUGUAAAUCCUCCUCCUCUCAGGAUGCACAGAGGAGAACUGCUCAACGGAUUCACCUCCGAGGAGGAUUCGAGGGGGCCGUCCGACCAGACGUGCUCCCUCGUCGAGGAAAAUCACAGAUGCCAUAGAAAGGCAGGCAACGCAUCAUACAGCAAACGAAUCCAGAAAAUUGUAACCCAGAGAAAGCUGAAACUCCAUUUGGACCAAGGCGCAAGGCACAUAUACAUCUGUGACUACCACAAGUCUGUUAUUCAGUCAGCCCGCUCCAAACGGGGCAACAACAAGUACUCCGAUGAUGACUCGGAUGUCGAGCAGAUGGAAAUCGACCUUUCUCAGCUCUCUGUCAACACGUUGAGACGAUACAAGAAACACUUCAACGUCAACACAAAACACGGUCUCAACAAAGCUCAAUUGGCCGACAAGCUCACCCAGCAUUUCAGGACCAUACAGAUCACCGACAAGACGGAAAAGUCCAUUACAAAUCGUUUCAUGUACUUGAUGAGAAUCAACGGGAAUAAGCUUGACCGGAAAAACGGUUCGGACACCACAUAGCAUUUAGAACUCGGCCCCACUCAGCGGUCCGCAGUCAAAAAAUUCAUGAACUGUACAAAAAUUGUUAAGCAUAACUCAUUAUCUUAAGUGGCAACUUAAAAUUCCUUUAAGUUAUCUUUUCAUGAAAUUCGACUGAAAUCUUCCAAUUUUUUUGUUUUUUUAAUUUCUAUUUAUUUUCAUAUUAUAUUUAUGUAAUUAACUUAGAUGUAAAGCAAAUAUUAUUUUUGAACAACAAUUUUUCCUUUAAUAUACACGUCUUAGUCCACUUUAUUCCUUUUGUAAAAUUUAAUAUUUUAAAUACAUCACUAGUGUGUAAUUGCAA